AUGGGCAGCGUACUGGGCCCGACUUUGUUCAAUGUUUUCGUGAACGACUUGGUGUUCUCCUUAAAAUCUACCCCAUUUCUCUACGCCGAUGAUGUCACACUGCUACAACCUGCCCUAGGCCUUAGGCACUAUCGGGAGCUGCAACAGGACCUGGAGGACCUAGCCGACCUGAAGAAGGAACUGGAGGACCUCCGCACCAAAAUCAAGGAAGCCCAACAAGCAGCCGUCGACAAGACGUUUGCCGAGGCCCUGAAGGACGUGGACAAGGAGGCUCGGUUCAGGCUCAAGCAGCGCAAGGUGCUCAAGGGACACAUCUCCAAAGUGACGUCCGCCCACUUCUGCGGGGACAGCAAAAAGGCAGUGUCCGGUUCGCUCGACGGAAAACUGAUCAUAUGGGACGUCUUCUCAGGCAACAAGAUGCGGGUGAUACCUCUGCGCUCCAGCUGGGUGAUGGCUUGUGCGUACAACGACAACGGCAACUUCGCGGCCGUGGGCGGCAUGGACAACAUGUGCACCGUGUACGACCUGCGCGGCGCCGGGGCCAAAGUGCGCCGGGAGCUGACCGGCAUGGACGGCUACCUGUCCAGCGUCCGCUUCCUGGGAGACUCGCAGGUCAUCACGGGCUCCGGAGACACCCGCGUCGUUCUCUGGGAUCUGGAGAGAGGCGUCAAGAUGACUACCUACGAGGCGCAUGAAGGCGACGUUAUCAGCUUGUCCUUGCACCCGGACAAGACCAGCUUCGUCACCGGAUCCGUGGACAACACGGCUAGGUUGUGGGACAUUCGCGAGAAGGAGUGCCGCCAGACGUUCCGGGAACACACGGCAGACGUGAGCUCGGUCUACUUCCACGCCAGCGGCCAGGCGUUCGCCACGGCGUCGGAGGACAAGACGUGCGGCCUGUUCGACAUCCGCAGCGACCAGCAGGUGUGCCGCUACCAGAACCCACGGGAGUCGAGUGCCUUCACCUGCUGCGGCCUGUCGCUCUCGGGGCGGCUGCUCAUGGCCGGCUCGGACGACCAAGACGUCCACGUCUGGGACACGCUGUCCACCAGGCGCAUCGGUACGCUGACCGGCCACGAGAACAAGGUGACCGCGCUGACCAUCAGUCCGGACGGAGUGGUCGUGGUGACCGGUUCCUGGGACUCGAGCGUUAGGGUCUGGGGCUGA